AUGAGAGUUAUCUUUCUUCUUUCGUUUCUUGUUCUGUUCUCGUUCGAGGAGGUUCUCUGGGACUGUGUUCCUGAUAUGAUGUGCAUCUUAGGUGGCUGGUGUACGGACAAAAACAGAUCAUGCUUGCACCCACCUGGAUUCGUAGAACCGAGCUGCUGCGAUGAAAACCCCGUCUGUCUGAGUGGUUGGAAAUCUGGAAUAGAAGUUAAGAAAAACGAAUAUAUCACAUGUAACAUAGCCAACACAUCACUUGAAGACUGCUGUGAUAUUGUUUAUCCGAAAUCGUUGAUUGGUCACGAAAUGUUCAAUUACACAACAACAUUGGAAGAUUACCCGGAAUGCGAUUCGAAUUUGGACUGCGGUCCCAAUCAAUUUUGCGACUAUCUGGUUACCUUCAACCACGAUAAAUCCAAACGAACUGGGUGCUUCAAUAUCACCAAAAGAGCGUAUUCGGCAAUAAAGUUCAUCGACGACUUCGGAGUUCGCUUGUGCGAAUCAGACGCCGAUUGCGGCGAUUUCCACUGUUUGGACGAAGGAUUCUGUGGAAUUCAUGAGUUAUGCCAGAUUAACUCCGUCGUUCCCGCAAAGACGCCGAUCGUCCACUGCGUCGAGGACAUGGUUUGCGUACACCUCAUGGAAGGCAUGGUCGGAACAGGCGGAUUCAUCCCGAAUGCCUACUGUAACCACACGGGAAACUUCUGCUUUUCCGGGCUAUUGGAAGUGUGUUUUGGGGGAAGUCUCGUCCGGCCUCUGCUGAAAUGCGAAACAGGCACGAUGGCCGGUUUCGAGACUUGCAAUCCGGAUUUGGGUAAUGGCAAACUCGACGGAUUUUGCACAGACAUAGGAGUGUGCUGCGAAGGGCCAUAUGAAGAGCCGGUUGUCUGCCCCGACGGCAUACACCCGCUUUUUAUCGAACCGGCUUGCCAGCGUGGAGAAAGCGGAUAUUUGGAGUGCCCGGAGAAUAUCGAGAAUUGCACUUGCGUAAUGGGGUGGCCGUGCCCGUCAAUUGCCGCCAACUCAUUGUUGGUCAAUUUUGGGCGGCCGUUCGUUGGGCAGAUUGGGUGUGAUCCUUCACGCCCAAUCUGCUCGCGAGCGGUCAACGGGUAUUGCCACCCCGAAACAAGGACCAUCGCACUCUACGGUAGAUAUUUCCCGGGAUUCUUCGGGCUCUCCGAAGUUCGCACAUGUCGGAUCAAUAGCGAAUGCGAGCCAGACGAAGUAUGCAUCUACUAUCUAGGAGAAGGUCAAUGCGCAGCGUUCCCGAACCCGAAUUUCCUGGAAGAUGAGAAUGACGAAGAAGAAGAAGAAGAAGGUUGGGCCGAAAGAGCAGUGGAUUUGUAUCGACAAACGGCGUACGGGAUAGCCAUUGUCUGGGUGUGCUUCCGAAUAUAUCGGUUCUUCGAAGUUCGAUACUUCCCAAACGCCUACGAUCAAAGAAUAGCGUUGGAGGAGGCGUACGAAGAGAUGAUGAUGAGGCGAAUGGAGGAGCGACACGAAGAAAUUCUGGAGAAUUGGCGUCGGGAGAAGUACGGCACACGGCACACGAAACAAACUUGCGAGUGCGUUACAUCGACCGAAACACCGUCUUCUCUUUAUUCGUCGGAACUGAGCGAGGCUGAGAAGAGGAAGAAGUGGACGAAGACAUUCCGCAGAGGAAGAGGAAGACGUGUCAUGAGGCAGAGGAAACGAAUUCACCAAACUAGGAGAAACAAGAAGCGUGCAAGAAUGGAGAAAUCGAACGAAGAGCAUAUGAGGCGAAGCACACAAGUCUUGUUGAAGGCUUUCGUAUACGGUGCCCCGUUAUUCCUUAUUAUUGUUAUUGGAUUUUUCUUCGUUCCCAACGUUGUUCUCAACGCAAUCACUACCGAAAUAGAUGAAUUGAUGAAGGAAGUCAAAGACAUUGGUCAAGAUGCAAUUUCGGGCGCUUCGAACGAUAAAGACGAGCUUCUCAAAGUGCUGGUCAAUGGGAAAGUAACCAUUGCGGAUUACGUGUCCCGCGAAGAAGCCAUGGUCAUCAUUCCAACACUUGUGAUGACGGCCCUGUUUUUACUCGCAGUAAAUGGAGAUGCUGGAAGAUAUUCCGAGAUAUUCUUUGAAGAAUACGCACUACCGAAUAAUAUAGUGUAUCCGACAUUUGGAAAAUAUGGUGAUCUAUCGGGAAGGUUAAGCGAACCUGAAAGUUUCGAAGAAGUGGAACUACUCGGCUCGAUCGCCAAAGACGGCUGGGACUACUAUCUUGGAGUCAAAGUCUGGCCUGAUAACCUAUUCUAUCGGAACUAUCUUCCUGUACCUGAUUCAACGUUCGACUUCUACUGGUCAUUAUGGGAUAAGACCUAUUCGCCUGGACCGCCAGGACAACGCAUAGUUCUUACGAAAAACAAGCUUCUUAAGACGUUACAGAGUCCUCUUUUGGAUGUGCCAACGAAUCUUUCAGCUUGUCCAUGGAACGGCGGCGAUCUGAUGUGA